AUAAAUACGCGCCAAAUGGCCGUGUCCUUUCUCAGGAGACUGAGCGCGCGGUACACACCGAACGAAUUGCCUCUUCUCUUCAGUACUUCUCUUCUUCCUCUCCAAGCUCGAACAGCUAGCCAAGCCAAGCCAAGCCAAGCCAAGAUGGAGGGAUGCAGCAAGCUCUUGCAAAAGUGCAAGCCCUAUGUGGCCAUGACCUCCCUCCAGUUCGGCUACGCCGGCAUGAACAUCAUCACCAAGGUCUCCCUCAACCACGGCAUGAGCCACUACGUCCUCGUCGUCUACCGCCAUGCCUUCGCCACCUUGUCCAUUGCCCCCUUCGCCAUCAUCCUCGAGAGGAAAGUCAGGCCCAAGAUUACGUUCCCAAUCUUCCUUCAGAUAUUUGUUCUAGGUCUUCUCGGGCCGGUUAUUGAUCAAAACUUCUACUAUGCCGGACUGAAGUUCACCUCGCCGACCUUCUCCUGUGCCAUGAGCAACAUGCUCCCUGCAAUGACCUUUGUGUUAGCCAUCUUGUGCAGGAUGGAGAAGGUGCAGCUGAAGAAGGUGAGAUGCCAAGCCAAGAUGGUGGGAACUCUGGUGACGGUGGCCGGUGCCAUGUUGAUGACGCUGUACAAGGGACCUCUCAUGGAGAUGGCCUGGACCAAGCAGGCUAGCCCACACCAAUCUGGUGCUGCCGCGGAUGGCUCGACCGACAAGGACUGGUUCAAAGGCUGCAUCUUCCUCAUCAUCGCCACUCUAGCUUGGGCCUCGCUCUUCGUCCUUCAGGCGGCGACGAUCAAGAAGUACGACGCUCCCCUGUCGCUCACCACUUUGAUAUGCGGCGUUGGCACUCUGCAAGCCGUCGCUGUCACCCUGAUAAUGGAGCACGAGCCCUCUGUUUGGAAGAUCGGCUUCGACAUGAACCUCCUCGCUGCCGCCUAUGCUGGGAUCGUGACGUCUAGCAUUGCCUACUACGUUCAGGGUCUGGUGAUACAGGAGAAAGGGCCAGUCUUUGCCUCUGCCUUCAGCCCACUGAUGAUGAUCAUCGUGGCGAUCAUGGGGUCCUUUAUCCUUGCUGAGAAGAUCUAUUUGGGAGGCGUGCUGGGCGCGGUGCUCAUAGUGUUCGGACUCUACUCUGUUCUCUGGGGCAAGCACAAGGAGAACAGGGAGAAGACCAUGGAAGCUUUGGACAUACCAGUAGCAGUGAAGGACGUGGAAGGAAAUGGGAAAGCGAAGGAGAUCAUACAAGUCAACAACUGGGUGAUCUCCUCCCUUGACAAGGCUGUGGAUGUCCCAAUACAAGGUAAAUCCAUGAAUGCCAAGGAAGAGCCAUGAGUAGGGAGUGAAUCUAUAGUGGGAGGAAGAUGAGUAGGUACAGGGUCUGAGGUGGAUUUUCUUCAGUUUUUAGUUUUCUUUCCCUUGUGCGAGUUAUGAUUUGUAAGUUUGCAAGGAAUGAGAACUAAGAGCUUUAAAGUA